AAUUGAUACCAUUUUAUAUAUUGUUUAGAUGAUAAAAAGCUUUGCUCAGUUGCUAAAUCAAAUAUUACUAAUCCAUCAUAAUCAACAAAUUCAAUCAUAUGACUGCAAUAAAGGAAAAACAAUGAUAAAAACAACUACUUAUUUAGUAGCUAAAAAAUGAACACUGUAUGUUACACAAUCGUGCACCCGGAAACCCAGCAAAAACAGGAAAUGAGAUUUUCUAAGGCAGAUAGUAUCGGAAAGGGUUUUGAAUUCUGCCUGCAAAGUUUUCAAGAUAAGACCAGAAAAACAUGAGCUGAGGUAUGCCAAUAAGAAACUAGAAUUGAACAUGAAUCUUAUGUUCUCUGAUCUCCCUGAUGGUGUUUCCUUGGAGCUUCAUCCUGUCACCGAACAUGAGAAGAAGACAGAAUUGCUAACGGUAAAUUUAAUUAUUGGAGACGGAAUAGUCAAUUCGGGGAAAUUUCGGAAAGAUGCCACGCUUUGGGAUAUAUCUCAGGAGUUAAUUCCAAAAGACAGAUUUCUUGAGGAGGACCGAAUUUGUAUAUCGUUACUCAGCAAAUGUUUUAGUGGACCUGGCAUCCUGAAGAGGGUAACAUUGUCAGCGCUGAAGUUUGAAGGGGCUUUGAAUUUAUCAUUGACUCGUAAGUACUCAUCAGAAAAUUUAAACACUGAAAAUGACAAGAAUUCUGUAAGAAGAAAUAGUAAAAUAAUCAGCGCUUCCUUCAAUUUGAACAGGCACUUCUCGAACAAACCUUCAACGUCAAAGGAGGCAAGUACAGAUCUUUAUGACUCAAAUACAACGCUGGAAGAUGAUUCAACUAAAGAGUCUAUUUAUGAAAGAAAAAAGAAAUGGAAUAAAGCAUUAAGACAAAAGUUGAGGAGAAAUAUCACUUAUAAACCUGAAAUACCAAUCUCAAGUCUACAAGGAAAUGCUUUUCGUUUUACUGACAAGAGAAAUGUUAAAACUAUAAUGGAAACAAAUUUUACUACAAAUUUGACAGCUAAAGCAGCCAUCGAUAAACAUUUUUAUUUGACUCCAGAAAAAAAACUUAAUGAUCUUAAGUAUCUGAAUUCGAGGCAAGGUAUUGCUUAUAUUAAUAAGCAGCCUUUCGGAAUGAUCCCAAGGGAGGAUUCUGCAGUUGACUUACUGGACUUGGGAAGAGAUUCGACCAGGUCAUCUGAUGGCAGUAUUGAAAUAAAACUAUUUUUGCCUGAUGAAACUGCGAUUCAAGCGAUGUUCAGAUGCGAUGAAACAAUAGAAGAUGUAUUCAAAUUUCUCAACCCACUUCUACAAUGUCAACCUUCUGACUAUUUUCUCUAUGUCUCAAAUCCAACAGGAAGUGUUAAAAAGAAUGUUUCCUUGCAUGAAUUAGAAGAUCUGAGUGGAGUUAAUUUGUAUCUUGGUCUCAAUCCAAAACUUAAAAAAACAUGGCCUAAAUGUAAGCCCUAUCUAAAAGAAGAGCAUCUUCCAAAAAAUAAUAAAUAAAAAGAUGAAUAAGGACGAGGUGAUGUUGGUGCGGACAAAAUUGGAGCUGAAGAAAGAUCACUCCUGGAAGAUGAUCUAAAAAAAAAAACAAUAAAAAAAAAAAAAACAGAAUAUAAGAUAUAUAUAAAUCAUUAAACUAUUUUUAUGA